AUGCCGAUGUCCACGCUGUUCGCCGACCGAUUCUGCCUGCGACGUCCACUGAACGACGCGCUCUAUGGACCCGUGGGGCUCUACGAGGACACAAAGCGCGGCGAGAUUGUCGCCAUCAAGCAGGUGUCGCUCGCGCGGGCCGUGGCGGCGCUGCGUCGCAACCCAAACAUGGACAACCCCUGGAGCGAGCACCGCGUGGUCUCGCGCCUUAUGACGCUGCCACCGCACACAAAUGUCGUUCGUUUCCGCGGCGAGUUCCUGCACAUGCAGGAUACAUGGUGCGUCGUCAUGGAGUUUUGUCCUGGUGGAGACCUGUGGGAUCUCCUGGAGUGCUCACCCAAGAACCGCCUGCCUGAGAGUGAAGCGCGCCAGCUCUUCCGUCAGUGCGUUCGUGGCGUGCGGUUCCUACACGCACACGGCAUCGCACACCGCGACCUAUCGCUCGAGAAUGUCUUCUAUUGUCGCGGUGUGUGUAAGAUCGGCGACUUCGGUCUCAGCACGGACGCGGCGCUUAGAGGCAGUGGAGAGGCCGUGGGCAAGGCCUAUUACAUGGCGCCCGAGGUGGUCAACCAGGAGGCGUACGACGCCUACGCUGCCGACAUGUGGUCGCUCGGUAUCAUGCUCUUCAUCAUGCUCACGGGGUCGCCGCUCACGUCCAAUGCGUCACGCGACAACAAGCCGUUUGCCGCGUUUUGCGAGCUGGGCGUGGCGAAGGUCAUCGACUCAUGGGGACUCUCGGAUCGGAUAUCCGUCGAGACAGUUGUGCUGCUGGACACGUUGCUCAGCGUGAACCCGGCCGAGCGACCAACAUCGACCGAGCUACUUGAACUCCUGGAGGUGGCAGGCGAUGGUAUUAAUAGUCGUCCAGCAGUAGUGUAGCUGGAGAUAAUAGUGAUGUAGAAGGUAACCCGACGAUGUCGUAAAACAUAUUGGAAGCAGCACGUAAUAUAAUACCGAAAUAAUCUAAAGUCAAUGCGCACUUGAGACAAAUAGUCGC